GACACGGUGGAUCUUCACUUGGCACGUAACUACACCGAUCAUGCUCUCCUCGACAAGGAGUACGCUGCCUACCGACUCAGCCGCAGCAUGGACAAGCUUAGUUUCUUGAGAGACAGAUUCUUAGAUGAGGAAGCCAACGACUUCUCAAGUCUGGCGCGGCGAAAAGAUCUCGUGAGGCACCUCGAGCACCUGAUCCGCAACCUUCAGAUCACUUCAAGCUCAUUACAGAUGCUCACGGACUGGGAGCAGCCACGGCCUCGGCCCCUCCCGGUGGACGAGGUCCCGGUGACCGAGAUCGCAUCUGCCUUCAAUUUGUGCAAGCACCGGCAACUUCAUGGCUGUUGA